AUGGCGCAAUCUGAAGAUACGGAGCUGCGAGAUUUAGUCAUAGAAGCACUAGAGAGAAACGGUUCGCUAGCAAAAAUUCGUGCGUUACUAAGGGCCAACGUUUUCUUAGCUUUCGAGGAUGAUUACGAGAAUAUUAAACAGAAUGUGAGCUUGGACAACAUACUUAAACUCCCAGAAGGUAAGCUCUCGCUGUCAAUAGUACACGAGUUCUUGGAAUUUUGUAACCUGAAAAACACAUUGUUUGUGUACAUGGCGGAAUCGCGACAAAAGAAGGACUAUUCCUACGACGGCUCAAAGAAAUUGUCCGAAAAACUUAACCUCCCUAAAAUGGAAACCGCGAAAGAACCUAUUUUAAUCACUCUUUUAAAGAUUCUCAGUCAAAGAAAGAAUUAUGAUAACACUGACAAUCAUAACCUAAAACUUGAUGACACCAACUUUAAAGAUGAUCAGAACUGUACCUACAUAGUUCAUGAAGACUCUAGCAGUAGUGCGUCCAGUAACUCACAGUCGGACAAUUCAUACGAUGACAAAAACAAACUUCAUUUGCGAUUGCAACUGGACAAUUCAGACACUGACACAUCCAGUGACUCUGCAAGGGAUAAAUCAAGUUCAGAAUAUAUCACAAAUCAGAAUAUUGUUUUGAAUUCUAAAAGACAAAAUCUAGAAAAAUCUAAAGAAACUCCAGAUCUAAAUCAAACAUUGGACCAAGAUGAACACAACAAUUCUGUCAGGAAUGGUACUCACAGAUUACAGGAAAUUAAAUUAACAAAUAGUAGCAGUGACUCCACCUCCUAUGCGGAUGUUAAACUAUAUAGACCAGUGCUUGAGAACAUCCAAAAUACUAUAAGAUUGUCAAAAACUGAUGAAGAGCCUACUUAUAACAUUGUUAAACAACCUACAUCAAACAUACCCACUGGGCCUCACAAUCAUAACCCAAGUGACAAUUAUCAAUCUGUAACUUUGAGUAGUGGCUCUACAAUGUCUCCCAAAAGAGAAAAUGAUACUGAAGUAGUUGCUGUUAAAUCAUUAAUAGAAGAAUCAGCUAAGUCUGAUGCUGAAACAACUGUGUACAGUUAUGAUUUCACAGCAUCAACACUUACUAAAAAUAAACAGAUUGAUGGGUUACAGUCGCCAGAAUCAACUCAUGAGGAAUAUGAUAACAAAAGUCCUGACAAGAAUGUUUCGAUUGAAAGUCCUCACCAAAAUUCGCAAAGUUCACAGAGUUCAGUUUCAAUAUCAGAUGUAGCUGAUUUAAUCAGUGAAAAUAACUCUUCAUUUAAUCAUCCAAUGAAUUUUGUAAAUAACAUAAGUGUGAAUAAGACUGCUGUAGAUGAACAAUCAAAAAAGUUGUCACCGAUCGAUAAAAGUAGAAUAACUGAUGAUUCUGCUGAAUUUUCAGAAUCUCCUGUUCCUUCACUCUCUAAUCUAAGUCUGGAUAUUCAUAGCGAUUGAGAUGUGUAAUGUAUAAAGCACAAAAAUGAGUAGCAAUAAUAUAAAAUUUAGAAUCCUGGUUUUAAAAAUAAGCUUUUGCUGUGCAUAAUAUUUGUUAUAUAAAUUUCAGAAAAAUAAUACUGCUCUUUAGUAUCUAUCUAAUUAUUAAAA